AUGGACGGCAAGGUUUCAGUCGUUUCCGUCUUCAUCAUCUGUCUUCCUCCCCUGUCUUCGUCUAUCCUUGUCUAUCCGCUUCUCACACCGCUCCAGGGCAGCAGCACGAGCAUCAAACGUCGGCUGCAAAUAUCUCUUUUGGAUCCUCCUGGCCUCCUGUAUUUCCUUGUCAAGCCUCUGCUGCUCGUCGUGCACUUCACGAAAUCCAAGAAUGAUUUCUUGUGA